UUUUUUUUUUUUUUUUUUUUUUGGUGCAACUUUUGACACCUCUCUUAAAAAAAAUAAAAUGGGUUAUGCAACACUUGACGCAGCACUUGCGUUUCCCAACAAUGUUCCACCUACAAAAACUCACAUUGCAAUUACUGAUUCCUUGAAAUCGGACGGCAACUUUUUAAUUCAUCACUUUGUUGUGAAUCACUUGAAAGCGAAUAAACCCGUAGUCCUUGUUGGUCUUGCACAAAUUUUCAACCAUUACUUUUUAAUCGGUCGCAAAUUGGGUAUCAAUUUACAAACAUAUAAAACAUCAGGAAAAUUCGUGUUUGUGGAUGGAUUAACGCACUUGACGGAUUACACGAACGAGACACCUUACCCACCCAGCAAAGCACCCACAGCACCUACAGAUACAUUGGAUUAUAAAAACAAGGGAUCGGAUGUAUUGAAGUCGUUUUAUUUGUUAAUCAAGGGAUAUAUGAAGCCUGACAGCUUGUUGAUUUUGGACGAUAUCAGUGUGUUAUUGUACAAUGGAUUCACGCUUGCACAAGUCACUGGGUUGAUAGCCCGAUUAAAUAUGCUGGAAGGUACUUUAUUGACGGUGAUGCAUGCGGAUGAAGAAGGUGCGGAGGAUGAAGAACAGGAUGGAUUUAUCAAGAAUAUUAUCUAUGGAUCGAAUAUUGUACUUCAGGUGCAACCAUUAAAUAGUGGAUUGGCAAGAGAUGUCCAUGGUCAAAUUGAUAUCAUUCAUGGGUCGAAAGCCAUGCAUGUUAUUACACCUCAGUCUAUGCAUUACAAAAUUCUGGAUAAUAAUGUUCAUUUCUUUGCAAAAGGUGUAUCACAAGUUUAAACUUAGCUCAAUCAUUAAUUAAAAAUCUAUUUAUAAAACAAUUAUAAAAAUGUAACCCAGUAAAAAAGUUCUUAAUCCAC